GAUCGAUUUGCUGGAGGACCACCACCGCCAAGAUUUUCAACACGUCCAACUCGUCCUUAUGCGGGUCCGAGUCAUUAUGGUCAUAAUUCUGCAGGAGGGUUUUAUGGGCCACAAGCAGCUGCACCAGCAAGCUUUGGUUCGACUUACCAAUCUAUGGGACCUGGUCCAGACCAGUAUGAUGGAUACGGUGGCGGUUAUAAUGAUUUCAGCGCUGCGGGCGCAAACAUGAUGGAUUAUAGCGGCGGUGGAUUUGGUGGAGGUUACAUUCCCCCAUACGGUGGUGCAGCAGUUGGAUAUGACGGGUCGGCGGGUUAUUAUCCUACACCAGGAGCAUCGGGUGGGACUGGAACUCAAAUCUUUGUCAGAAAUGGUGCCGGUGUAGUGCAGUUCGAUUCAAACGAAUCUGCCCGGUUUGCUGUUGAAUACUUAAUACUUGCAAUAAAGAAAAAUUUAGUGGAUACACUUACGGCGGUCGGAUUAUUGACGUUAAUUUUGACCGAUAUGCUUAAAAUUACGGCAACAA